UACUUAACAAGGAAGAACCCUAAAGAUAAAAGUGGCCCGCCUUAACAUUACAACAGAGUUCUUCCACAGCGAGAAAAGAGAGGAGCCGCCGCGAGAGAUCGCGCGCGUUUUCGCUGGAAUCCAGGGAAUUUCUCGUCGGAUUUCAGAUUUGCUGCGCGCUGGGAGGUGAUUUUGGUGUGAUUCCCGGCGCGGGCGCACAGCAGCCGGGCAGCCAGCCACAGGUCGGGAGAAGAGAGGGGUUUUGGAAGCGCUGGAACUGGCUCAUCGCAGGUGGAGAGAGUGGAGGCCCUGAUUUCGUGGAAGAAUCUCGAGAUCUCUGGUCUUCUUAGAGAUUUGGUUCUUCGUGGAAAAUGGUUGCGGCGGUGGCUACUGGAAGGGGCUGGCCGUAUUUCGAUCCCGAGUAUGAGACGCUGGCCGCCAGGAUCAAUCCUCCAAGAGUUGUGAUCGAUAACAAGGUUUCGGAGCACGCCACCAUCAUCAAGCUUGAUAGCUCAAACCGGCAUGGGAUUCUUCUCGAUGUCGUCCAGGUCCUCACAGAUCUCGACUUGUCGAUACUCAAGGCCUUCAUCUCCUCCGAUGGUGGAUGGUUUAUGGACGUUUUCCAUGUCACAGAUCGUGAUGGGAACAAGCUCUCCGACGAGAAGGUCAUCGCCCACAUCGAGCAUGCUCUUGGCGAGAAAGGCGUAUGCCAAGCGUAUAGAACUUGCUCUGGAGCUCGAACAAUUGGAGUCCAGUCGCUGGCUGAGCACACGGCCAUCGAGCUAACCGGCAACGACCGCCCGGGUCUGCUUUCCGAGAUCUCGGCCGUCCUCGCCAGCCUUGGCUGCAACGUUGUGGCCGCGGAGGUGUGGACUCACAACACAAGAGUGGCGUGCAUGGUUUACGUGACCGACCACGAAGGCCAUGGAGGUCCAGUGAAAGAUCCCACCAAGCUCUGCCAUAUCAAACAGAUGCUCGGGCAGGUGAUGAAGGGCGAUUCGCUCGACGGCAAGACUGCCAGGACGGACUUUGCCAUGGGACUUACUCACACGGAGAGGAGGCUCCAUCAGAUGAUGUCCGCGGACAAGGAGGAGGAGAUGGAGGUAGCAGAAGAGGAGGCCGCGUUGAGCCCGGCCCCGACUUCCAUCUCGGACUCGGUCGACUACAAGGGGAGGCCGACCGUAACAGUCAAGAAUUGCGUGGAGAAAGGCUACUCGGUUGUCACGGUGCAGUGCGCGGACCGUCCCAAACUGUUGUUCGAUACCGUGUGUACGCUCACCGACAUGGAGUAUGUGGUUUUCCACGCCACCAUCGACUCAGAGGGCCCGAAUGCGUUCCAGGAGUAUUACAUUCGGCAUCUUGACGGAUACACGCUCAAUACCGAAACUGAACGACAAAGAGUCGUUCGCUGUCUGGAGGCUGCUAUUCUACGUAGAGCUUCACAGGGCGUGAGGCUGGAGCUGUCCACACAGGACAGGAUCGGUUUGCUGUCGGACGUAACCCGGAUCUUCCGAGAAAACGGCCUGUCCGUGGCGAGGGCCGAGGUGACGACCCGAGACGACAUGGCAGUGAAUGUGUUCUACGUCACGGACGCCAACGGCGGGAGCGUGGACAUGCGAGUGGUGGAGGCGAUCCGGGAGGAGGUCGGGCUGGCCAUCCUUAAGGUGACGCAGGAGAGAUUCCCCCCGAAGAUGCUCCAUUCAUCCCCGACCGAAUCGGCCGACAAGUCGGCUGCUCGCUUCUCGCUCGGGAGCUUCUUCCGCUCACACUCGGAGAGACUUCUCUACACGCUGGGCCUGCUCAAGUCCUACACCUGAGGGGCGCUGUGUAUAUAUUAUUCCCCCGCCAACUCGUCGACGACUUCCAUCGCCUGGGCUUCCGGAAGAAGGAACAAACGAACUUUCGAAGAUCUGCGAAGAAUUCCCGCUAGCUGCUGCUGCUGCUGCUGCUACCACCAGCCAAAAUUUUCCUCCCUGAGCUUCUUCUCGUCUCUCCUCUGCUGAGAGAGUUCUUCCUUUUCUCUUAUGUACAUACGUCGGGUACAGGCUGGUGCCUGCGCUUUGAUUCCUGUACAUAGCUUAAAACGAGCGCUUGAAAGAUAGAGAGAGAAAAAAAGAAGAAAAAGCAAAGCCUCAAUCAAACAAGCCUCGAACGGCUUACCACC